AUGCCUCAGGAAAGGGUUUCAAAAUCAAAAAGCCAAAAAGGCCAGCACACUUCAGUACCAGCCAUUCAAAUACCCGUGAAAAGGCAAAGGAUAGAGGAAAGGUUCACACCUCUUCGCACAACCAUGGCUCAGCUAUUCCAAGAGAAUAAGAUAUCCCUUAGGCGGCAGGUGGAAACCAUGAUAUUGAGAGGUGAAUUGGCAGAUUACCUCACAACAAAGGAGUAUGUGAAGCCCUGGGAGGUUAAUCCUCGGAAAGUCGAAGGUAAUCAAGUGAACGUCAUCCACGCAAUACAUGGAAGAUCAGAAGAUGAUCAAGAGUUAAAGGAGGUAUAUAAAUCCCGAUUGAGGACAGCCUAUAAGCUAAGGAGGUUAUCCUCAGUGAACGCUAUCGCUCCGGAAAGCGUCAACAUUGGGUUAGGCAAUGGGGAUAUAUCUAGAGUUCAACUCCCCCAUGAGGACCCGUUGGUCAUCAAUCUCUUGGUGGCGAAUUUCAUGAUUAAGAGGGUUUUGAUAGACCUGCAUAGCAGUGUCAACAUCAUCACAAAUGCGGUCUUUGAGCAGCUGGAGAUUCCGUCAUCAUCAAUUCGGCCCACUUCCAGCCCUUUGAAAGGGUUUGAUGGCACAAAGGUGGACCCCCUUGGGGUAAUUGACCUAUCCGUAACUGGAGCAAAGAGGACACUGAAGGAGAGUUUUGUUCUAAUGGAGAUCCACCCUUCAUACAAUCUUAUUAUAGGAAGAGGCUGA